UUAGCGGCGCUGCCUUAUUAAGUAUCCCAUAAUGCACCACGUCGCUGUCAUGGCUGCUCACUGAUGACACUUGCAGCACAUGGGCAGAAAUCAAACACAUCACAGUGAGCACACGAACCCUUCACAUCUCACAUUCACAGCCAGAGCAGGUUUUGAGCGACGUGACGCGUGUUUCAUUUCUCUAGUGAGGGUUGACGAGGAUGGAGAUGCUGCAGCUCGAGGCGGCGGUUCUGGGCGGACUGAGUCCGGACUGGAAACAGAGCGGCUUCAGCACCGCAGAUGGAGGGUCGUUGCUGCAGUUGGUGUGUGAGGGAGAUUUCGAGGCCGUGCUCUUCAGCUCUGCGGUGCAGGGGCUGCUGGGAGGUGCUCCUGAAGAGGGUGACAGUAUUGAGGCCUAUCUGGAGAGACAGGUGCUGUCUUACCUGAGCGAUGCCACUGAAGACCAGAGGAGUGACAGAGAAACUGCUCUGUUGGCAUUGGCAGUGGGGUGUCUGAACCUUUUCGCUCAGAGUAAUUGGACCGGGCCGCCAGUUGAGCUCCAUAUCUCAGAUUUUCUGCCUGAAGCUGUGCUCCAGAAAUUCUCACAGCCUGCGGCCCUGAACAUGGCUGUGUUAUCCAGUCUUCAGCUGGAUGGAGAGUCUGUCUAUAGUCUAGUGUCCAACCCCCUCCUGCUGCUGCUGACCAGAGUCAUAUUCAUCAACUGUGGCACCAAACUGGAGACCCUUCAGCUGCUGCCCUGGUGGACACUGCGAUAUGUCAGUCUGCAUCAGCAGAUACUAGAGGAGAGAUCCCCACAGCUCUUCAGCCUCAUGCUCGGCUGCAUCGAGAAAGUGUGUAAAUGUGAGGAGCUCUUCACCAACAACAGACACAAGAACCUGGCCAUUCAGUUCCACCUGGAGUGUAGUUAUACCUGCCUGACCUACUACGAGUAUCGCAGGGCCAAAGAACACCUGCAGACGGCCCGCAGUCUAUCAGGAGUCGAUGUUAACAUGACAGGUGCUUUAGGGAAGAGAACUCGCUUUCAGGAGAACUUUGUGGCUCAACUCAUCUUAGAUGUGAAACGGAAGGACAAUUCACCUGUUCCCAAUUUUGAGAGUCCCUGCCUCACACCAACACCUAAAGAACUCUUACCAAAGGAUCAUCAGUUGAGUGAUGAUACAGUCCUGAACCAGGUUAACCUGGCAGAACCAUCUGAAUAUGAACUUCCAGACCUCAACGCUGAGGAACAGGCCCUUAUACUGGCCACUUGCAUAGACUUUCAGAAGAAUAAUCCAGUUCACAAGCUAAAUGAUGAGGAGCUCCUGGCCUUCACGACGUGUUUGCUGUCUCAGCCAAAGUUCUGGGCAGUGGAAGUGACAUCACUGUGCCUGAGGACUAAGCUGGAGAGAGGAAGCUCACGGAGAGUUGAACGUGCCAUGAUGCAAACACAGACCUUGGUGGAUUUCUUUAGUGAGAACUGUCCCGUCACUGAGAGACUCAAGAUGUUCUACACCUGCCGGGCACCUCCUCUCUGGGACCUACAGAGGCAGUUGGCGAGUCUGUUGACUGAUUUGGGCCUGACGAGUUCUGCGCUGCUAAUCUACGAACGACUGGAACUCUGGGAGGAUGCAGUUGUCUGCCUGGAGAGGAUGGGACAGCACGGCAAGGCAGAGGACAUUUUGAGGCGUGAGCUGGAGAAAAAGGAGACGCCAUCACUUUACUGUCUGUUAGGUGACGUGCUGAAGGAUCCAGAGUAUUAUGACCGAGCAUGGGAGCUUUCCAAACACCGCAGUGCACGUGCUCAAAGGUCCAAAGCUCUGCAUCAUCUGCGCCACAAAGAAUUCCAGCAGUGCGUGGAAUGUUUCGAACGCUCGCUGCGAAUCAACUCCAUGCAGUUGGGUGUGUGGUUCUCUCUGGGCUGUGCGUAUUUUGCACUGGAAGGCUACGAAGGGGCCGCCAAAGCUUUUCAGAGAUGCGUUGGACUGGAACCAGAUAAUUCAGAAGCAUGGAACAACCUCUCCACGGCCUACAUCAAACUGAGAAUGAAUGGUAUUUGGAAUAAAGACCGUAAUAAGCAGCCAGUGCUGGAAAUCCUGGUGCGUGCGGUAGUGGACAAUCUGACUGAUCACCGUGGCGAACAGGCCUCCAAUCUUAAAGCCAAACUGCAGGAACUUUUUGGUCGAGUCUCCGCCCGUUGUAGCACAGACGCCCAAAUAUGGAAGCAGUACGCUCGUCUCUAUGGCGAUGGCCAUAGCAACAAUGUAGAAGACAGCGAAAAGGCACUACAGUUUCUGAGUAAAGCGCAUCGGUGUGAGACGCAGGCAGCUGGCUGGGAAAAAGACAUGGGCAACUUCAGAUCUGUGGUGAAAGGUGCCAGAGAUAUGGCUAAUGUCACUAUCAGCUGUAGCAGGUCUAAGCGCAAUCCUCAAGAGGCUCUACAGUUGCUGUCUUCAGCUCGACUCAGUUUGAAGAGUCUGGUCACCAAAGCCAAACAACUGUACACUGAUGUUGCCACAGGUGAACUCCAUGAUGACCUCAGAGGUGAUGUCACCGAGCUCCAGCAGCUCAUCACAGAGCUGCAGGACCUGAGUGCCCAGCUACGCAGCCAAUGAGAAGCCAUAGCACUCUUUUCUUCCUCCCUUUGAUCCUGGAGGGCUUAGGUCUUCUGUCGCUUGUUAAAUCAACAGGAAAAAACUUCAAAGAUAUUUGUCAUCAUGACCUGAUCCAGGGUCAGCUGUCUUUGCCCUAGUCAGAGCUGGCAAUGAACUUCCUUUGUUCAACAGUGCCUCAUUCCAAUAAAUAGUACACAGUCUCUUUCUUUCAUACAGUAUUUAAUCCAUGUGCUUGUUUUUUUAACUUGUGUAUAUGAUGAUUUAGUCAGUUAAUAUUGAAGGAUGCACAGAGUAGAAUAAAAUGAGUGACAACUGACAGCUAGGUCAAGCAACAUCAUAUGCGUUGCAACAGUGUUAAAGUCGAGACGAGCUCUUUUGAGUUUGAAUCUAGGCCUAGAGUUCGAGUCAAGACCAAGACCAGAAAAGGGUCGUGUUUGAGUCAAGAUAGAGUCUGAAUGCUCCCGAGACUGACAAGACCAAGACAGUGAAAAAGUGUUGAACUCAGGACAGACUCACUGGAUUGUGUAUUAUCAUUUUGACUGUAAGACUUUUCUACAGCUGUCAUAUUAAGCAUAACUCCUUAUUGACCCUCCUCACCCUGUCUCUACUGUCUAUUUUGUGCUCUGCCAAAGGAAGUGUUUCGGAGAUUGCUAUCAUGAUUCCUUGCUGUUUACCUCUGGAUAUGCGCCUCUGUUGGGCCUGUUGUUUUAGUUAAUUUAAAAGACGGUUUACACAAAAUGUAAACACUGACAAUGUUUGCUAUAAUUUACUUCAGCAAUCUUCUUUAUCCACGCUAAACUUAACCCUCGUUUAUUGUAUUUAAUGCAACCUUUAACCUGGGGUUAAAGUUUGAAAAGCCCAUAUUUGAUUAUUUAAAAGUAUUACAGGAACACAUUACCAUGAAAAU